AUGGGCACUAAUAGACUGCACUGAUGGACACUGAUAGGUGGCACUGAUGGGCACUGAUGUUACAUAUUGCUGCACACACCAGAGCAGGGGCGGACUGUCAACUCAUGGGGCCCCCGGUCAAUAGGGGAUCAUGGGGCCCCUGUGUCCUUGCCCAAACUCUGAAAAGCCUAUGAAAAAGGUACCAGGGGCAUCUCAUGGCAUCCCCCUGCUGACCCCGGGCCCUCGGGCAGUGCCCGACUUUCUAAAUGGUCAGUCUGCCCCU